ACACCACAAUAUAAACUUUAUACACUCUCUUCCUCAAAUUCCCAAGCUCUCCAUCUUUUUCAUCCUCCACGUUCCGUUUCUCUCUGUUUCUCCGAAACUCAAAAACAAUGGCGUCGUGUCGAGCACUGUACCGACGCACGACCCAAAUCGCCAAAACGUUGCGUUUUGCUUCCACGAGCAGUGGUUCGACAACGAAGCCCUCCCACCACAACCACCACCAGCAGAACCACAAAUUCCUGGAACCCAACUCCUUCAUCGGAAGCUGGGAGGCUCCUAGGGAUCCCAACGAAGCCCAGUCUAGGCUCGCUCAGCUCCGCAGAAACUAUGCCAAGCAGGUCAAGGAGUUGCGCAAGGAAUAUAUCAGAGAGGUCGAGCUCAUGCGCCUCGAAAAGCUUCGCAAGGAUGAGGCUCGCAGAGAGGCCCUUAGGGUUCAGAACGAGGAGAGGAAGAAGCAGAAAGCUGAGGUCGCUAAAGCUCGAGCCCAGGAGCGCCAGGUCGCGGAGCAAGAGUUCCGUCAAACCCUCUUGAAAGAGAGAGCAGAGAAGCUCGAAAAUUGGAGGAUGAAAGAAAAUCGGAGAGAAGAGAAGAAGAAAGAGAAGAAUGAGCUAUUGCGCCGACAAAGUUCCUUAUGGAUAGAUGAAUCUGAUUUGGAAAGUAGAGUACUACAAGCAACUGUCGAUACAACAUCCCUAUGAGUCUUCCCUUAAUUGCGCGAACCCCACCCCACCUCUCCCAAACAAAAAAAAAAAAGAGAGAAAAAAAGCAACGCACAUAGCUACAAGUCUUGUAGUGCCCAAAUUAUUUUUUGUUAAAGCUUUUGAACAGGACCUUCAUAUCAAGUUGUAUUUUUCUUUCCAAGAUUUUGUGCUAAAACACUAGGAUUUAAUAAUGUAGUUUGGAUCACGUGCCGACUUUGCACUUUCCAUUA